AUGUAAAAGAGAAGAAGUGGAUUGAAUAUGAAUAAGUUCUAAGACUGGGAAGUUGGUUCAAACUAUGAAUGCGAAAAGCUAUUAGGAACUGGCAGUUAUGGAAGUGUAUGCAUGGCAACCUAAAAGUCUACAGGGAAAAAAGUUGCAAUAAAGAAAAUGGAGUCAAUAUUUGAAGAUGAAAUAGAUUGCAAGAGAAUUCUGAGAGAAAUAACUUUACUCAGGAAAUUAAAGCACCCCUUUGUUGUUGAACUCAUAGAAAUACUGGCGCCCACAGAUCCAAAGAACUUCAAUACGCUCUAUACUGUGAUGGAGUAUGCUGAAAGUGAUUUAAAGAAAGUUAUAAAAUCAAGUAUUCAUUUGCAGUUGGUUCAUAUAUAAACGAUCAUUUACAAUUUGCUGUGUGCUAUCAAAUAUCUUCACGAGUCUAAUGUCAUUCAUAGGGAUUUGAAACCUGCAAAUGUCCUUGUCAAUGAAGACUGUACAGUUAAGCUUUGCGACUUUGGUCUUGCAAGAUCUAUUGCUGGUGUAGAAAGCGCUUCAUUGAUCAUCAGGAAAUAGAGCAGUGAUGAAAUAAAAUCCUCGAGCGAAGACUAAGAAAUGAAUAUCGCUGGAUCCGAACCUGCAAGGAUACAUCAUUAAGACGAGGUGACCAACAGCACCCCUGUAGUUGAAGAGGAGAAGAAAAAGGAAGACCUUAGAUAACGAUUGGUAAAAACCAAAGAUCAGCGCAGAAAUAUGAAAAGAGAAUUAACUGGACAUGUGGUUACAAGAUGGUAUCGUGCUCCAGAAAUUAUUUUACUAGAAAAAGAUUAUGGUCCAGCCAUCGAUAUGUGGUCAAUAGGCUGCAUAUUCGCUGAGUUACUAAACAUGAUGAAGGAAAACGCCCCAACCUUCAUGGAUCGUAAACCAUUAUUCCCGGGUAAAUCUUGUUUCCCAUUAUCCCCAGAUAAAAAUCCAUAAGAACAGCGAAAGGGUUUCCCUCAUUCUUCAACUGAUCAAUUAGCUGUGAUUUUUGAAGUUAUUGGAGUACCAAGCGAGUCUGAUCGAAGUUUUGUCACAGAUUAAAAAGCUAUUGAGUAUUUAGAUUCUUUCCCAAACAGACCUAAAGCUGAUCUUUAAUCUAUGUAUCCUGGUGCAACUGCUGAUGCCAUUGAUUUCUUAUAGAAAUCUCUAGUUUUCAACCCAUAUUUUAGAAUAACUCUUGAGGAUUGCUUUAAGCAUCCCUUCUUUUAAAAGGUUAGAAAGCAAGAAAAAGAAAAUAUUGCAGCCUCUACUGUAGUCCUGGAAUUUGAAAAGAUUGAACUGGACAGAAAGACACUAAGGGAACUUUUUCUACAGGAAAUUAGUUUUUACAGUAAAAAGAAGCAGUGA